CGUCAACGGCCGCGGGCGCCCAAGGGGCGGCCUUGGAAUGGCGAGGGGCGGGCGGCAGCGGCCGGUCCCCCGCAGCGCCCCCCCGCGGCCGCCGGCGGCAUCCGGCCACCUCCGGCCACCGGAGGACAAGGGUGCCGUCGGGGUGGUGCACGUCAAAGUGGAGGAGCCCGAUGUGGAGCCGGGCAAUGGCCAGGGCUACUGCGGGGAUGGCAGAGAGUCAGGGGCAGGGUUCGGGUGCUCCCAUGUUGAGGAAGUGGGUGAAGAGGCUUGCGGUGUCAUCAAGAGAGAAAGGGACCAUGAAGUGUGUGGUGAUGAAUGCCAGAACGAGGUGAAGGUGCUGGAGAAGUGGGGGAAUGGGAAGGAGCCCUGGAGAGAAAGUGCUGUCAAAGUGGAGAUGCCUGAUGUGGCCUUUGCGGCCUGUGGGGUGAAGGUGGAAAACGAUGAUGCUCCGUUGGGAUCUCUCUGUGAGUCCACCAAUGGUCUGGCUGGAUCCCUGUGUCUGUCUGUUCAUGCUCCAGCUGGAUCCCUGUGUGAGCCAGUUCCUGUUCCCACUCGAUCCCUAUGUGGGCCAGUUCCUGUUCCCACUCAGUCCCUAUGUGGGCCAGUUCCUGUUCCCACUGGAUCCCUUUGUGGCACUCUUCAUGCUCCCACUGGAUCCCUGUGUGGGCCUGUUCCUAUUCCCACUGGAUCCCUAUGUGGGCCUCUUCCUGCUUCCACUGGAUCCCUGUGUGGGCCUGUUCCUAUUCCCACUGGAUCCCUAUGUGGGCCUCUUCCUGCUCCCGCUGGAUCCCUGUGUGGGCCUCUUCCUGCUCCCACUGGAGCCCUGUGUGGGCCUGUUUGUGCCAGCACUGAUGACGGCAAGGUGCAGCUACGUAAAGGUUUUGGGGUCCCCUCUAAAGAUAUGAAGAUCCCGGUUGUGGUUCACCCUUUGCCUCCUGGGACCUGCAUCCAGAUCCAAGGCCCUCUGCCAUCAGGCCUGCUCCACAUACCUAAAGUGCCGGUGAAAAAAGUGCCGCUUAAAAUGCAGUCUUUACCGGAGCCUUCUGUAAAGAUCGAAACCAAAAACGUUCCCUUCACAGUACUCCCCGCCGAUGCAGGUAUGCCAGACACUCCAUUUAGCAAAGACAAAAAUGGCCAUGUGAAGCGUCCAAUGAAUGCAUUUAUGGUAUGGGCAAGGAUUCAUCGGCCCAUCCUAGCAAAAGCUAACCCAGCUGCCAGCAAUGCAGAUAUCAGUGUUCGGCUUGGACUGGAGUGGAGCAAACUGACUGAAGAGCAGAAGCAGCCCUAUUAUGAUGAAGCUUAUAAAAUAAAACAGAGGCACAGAGAGGAAUUUCCUGAUUGGGUUUAUCAACCACGACCAAGCAAAAGGAAGCGUUUUCCACUGACUGUCUCUGCUGUAUUUCCCAGUGUUUCUCAGAGUGUCAUCACUACAAAUCCAGCUGGCAUUUGCCCCAUCCAGUCACCUGCUUACUCGGUUGUCAUCCCCAAUGUUAAGAACAGCAUUGGCUAUCCAGUCUGUGAGCCUCCUGCCAUCCGUCUGCCGGCUUCUUCCAUUCAACCUGCUGGUCCAAUUACUCUUUUCCAGACUACUAGUGCAAACACUGCAUCAGUGGCUUUUCCAGCUCCAGCCCUGCCCCUGCACCCUGUAAUUUCACCACAGCAUUUUGCUCAACCUGCUAAGACAGAAGCUCUUGAUGUGUCAUCUGGGCUCAAUUGCUCUCUGACGAGAUCUGCACCAGUUUUUAUUGAGAGCUUCAGUGGAAACCCAAGUAACAUAGCCAACACUAAUGGCAGAUUUUCUGUCUCUAAUAGUGAGCCCCCCAAGGAGUACCCAGGAGUUUCUAUUUUCCCUACAGGUUUACCUCUUCCCCAGGCUACCACUUUUCUCCACUCACAUGUCUAUGACAUUACUCAGCCAGCUGGUCUGUUUGGAGUAAAUCCUCAGUUUUCAUUUUUCCACUCCUACAUUGUACCUGGACCUCACUAUUUCCCAUCAAGCACAUGCCCAUUCAGCCGUCCCCCAUUUGGCUGUGCAAAUUUCCCCAGCUCAGUGCCUGAACGCUUUGGCUUUUAUGAAGACAAGUACCGAAGACAGGAAUUGAUGCUUCCAGCUCUGAAUGGAACCUAUCCUUCCAAGGAAUACCCAGAAGAAAGUACACGUGAGAACCAACACAGCUGUGUGCGCCUUGAAGCAGUGCCUUCCCACAGCAACUGGAAUGAGGGGCAGGUUGUAAGGCCCCUACCACAGCUGCACGUUGGAGGACUGGAGGAGCUUUUCUCAGCCACUCCAUCUACUUCCUCCAGCAUCCGCAUAUUCAAUGUAACUGAUAGUGACGAGGAAGAGGAAGUAAAGUUGUUGCAAGAAUUGUAAUUUUAAAAGCCUUAUAAUCCAGAGUUAUAUUUUAGAAUGGGAAAUAAAUGUUUUCCUCAACAUU